UUUGCAGAUGAAUUAUAGAUUUCAUGAAUAAGCCCUAGGUUGCCAAACCUGAAAAAUAUAUAUGGAGACUGAGAAGGAAGGUGUUCCACGCCCUCAGUUCAUUUCUUGCAUAAAGUGGGUGAGACGAGGGAUUCCUAAAGAAAAUCCAGACAAGGUGGAGCUGACUGCAAAUGAACUGAAGAGAAUCAUUGAUAAAACGAAAGGAGACUUGGAGGCUGUUGAAGACAAUGAAGAUGAGGAAGUUGAUGAAGCAAGUGAGCGAAUGGAAGAAGAUGAAGAGUCAGUUGAUGACAUUGUAAAGAAAUAUGGACUUGAUGAUUAUGAUAAUGAAGAUGAAGCAGGAGCAUCAGGAAGCGGGAUUGGAUUUGGGAAUCUUGUGUGCUUUGCCUCCUCGAAGGAUGAUCCUUUACUUGACACAGCAUCACAAUACAGUGAUGACAUCGAGGAUGAGGAGGAUGUCAGAGUCAGACCCUCUGAUAACUUCUUAGUGACAGGACAUGUUGAUGGGGAUUGCAGUUCACUUGACAUUUAUGUCUACAAUCCAGAAGAGGGAAGUGAAUAUGUCCAUCAUGACAUAACUUUGGGGUUCACUCCCUUGGCCUUGGAUUGGCUUUCUUUGGGCCAGUCUGAAGACUCUGUUCGAAAUGCUGUGGCAGUGGGAGGGAUGUCAGAGGAAAUUCAGAUCUGGGAUUUGGAUGUUAUGAAUGCCAUUGAACCAGUGCUUACCCUGGGUGAUGUCAAGCAAGGUCAAAGGACAAAGAAAAAGAAGAAGGCAAAGAAAAUGACCAGGUGCAGUGGACACAUGGAACCAGUCCUCUCACUUGCCUGGAAUUCUAUCCUCAAGACAGCUCUUGCAAGUGGUUCAGUUGAUAAUUCCCUCUUUGUAUGGGACUUGGAGACAGGACAACCUGCCAUUGGAAUCCCUGACUUUGCUGACAAAAUCCAGACUCUUCACUGGCAUCCUGAGGAGUCACAGUUGCUCCUGACUGGGUCAUGUGAUGGUUAUGUAAAAGUUGUGGAUGGCCGAGAUAUUGACUCAGUGAGGAGUUGGGAAUUCUAUGGUGAGGAAGUGGAGCGGGCCAUCUGGAAUCACUCCAGCACACAUCAGUUCUUUGUAUGCACUGACAAGGGGAAGGUCCACUCCUGUGAUGUUAGGCAGAAAAAGCCCCUGUGGAGUCUGGCAUGCAUGGAAUCCACUUCUGGCUUGGCACUGAGUCCAGCCGGCAUUGGAUGUCUUGCUGUUGGAGGAAAGGAUGGGAUCCUCAAAGUCCUUGAUGUCUCAUCCACUUCCCCAACUUUGGUUCAAGAGACACAGGUUAAAAUUGGGACCAUUCUGUGCCUGGAAUUUUGUCCUGAUGAUCCCCUUACAAUUGCUGCGGGGGGUGACAAUCGCUGUCACCCACUGAGAAUCUUGGACCUUCGCUCAUUCCCACAAGUGGAGGAACGAUUCUCUUCAAGGAUAUCCAGUGCUGGCCUUGCAUUGUGACUCUUGAAUCGUGAAUGUAUUAUGCUUAGGAGAAAUGAACCGCCUGUGU